GGUUCUUUUGUUUUUCGUCCCAUCACCCGACUCAUCUCGUCGUGUCAACCCAGGGCACAAGUACCUUGUCGAGAACUCUUGGAUCAUCACACCGGCAACAACGAUUCCAUCCACACCGUCCCCCACCAGCCACAAAACGAGUCGAAACAACAUGGAGAAAGCAUCAGCAACGAACGAUCUCGACGAACGCAACAGCAGCGGGAGCGUCAACGAAGACAAGGCGAAGGGCGUCACCGAUCUGGUUUCGGACAUGCUUUUAGAAAUGGUGCGUUUCUUGUAUAUUGCACUGUUUUGAAUUGCUGUAGUGCAAACACGGGCGUACGUUCAAAAUGUUGCUUCUUCCUGCCUUGCUUCGGUUUGUUGUGUUCGGGGAUAUUUCUUUCCUGAGGCCAUCGUAUCGUUGCUGUGCUGUGGUUCUCCCGUCCUUGUACGAAUUUGCUCACGCGUCCUUGACAUCUAAUGUUCGUUUUCUGAAAUUACACAUGCAAUCAUUACGGUUCCAUUUUUUUUUAGGAAAACGACUUUAAAAAAUCCGGGAAUUCAAUCAGGGAUCGAAUGAGAGAGAUGGGUUCCAAGCUGGACGGGCUCGAACAAAGUAAGUCUAGGAAUAGCGCUCUUGUGGUUUGCAUUGUUCUCAAUUAAAUAUAAUAGUGAAUGGGAGCAGACAGCAAGCCAUUGCCAAACGCUGCUCACACAGCCUUGCACUCGUUUCUGCAUGUGUUUCGCCCCGCGUUUUUCCGGUACCACCUUUGCUUUCCGUGCCAUUGCGCCGCUAGGCAUCAACGGUCUGAUGCACGACGCCGGGCUAAUCGACGGCGAAGAGGAAUCCCCGUCUGAUUCCAAUCCAUCGCCGCGGCGCCCACCGACGAACUCGUCCCCGCCACGAACAACGAUGGCCACGUCGGAUUCCGUGUGAGGUUCGAUCUAGUUUUGUUCAGC